AUGGUCCUGUUUGUUCUGCUGCAGCUGAAAGAAAAGUAUGAGUGCUACUCUGUGCAGAUGGCAGAAACACUGGACUUCCCCGUUUUGAUUGCGGCCAUUUUUAUCUGCGGUAUUGGAGGAUCGUUUCAGUAUGGGUUCUGCGUUUCUGUGAUGACAUCUCCCUCUGCUUUUAUAAAGGAUCUGGUGAAUAAAACCUGUGUGCACAGGUACAACAGGUCCUUGGAGACGUGGCAGGUCUCCCUCAUCUGGUCUUUCACCAUGUCCAUUUUCUGUAUCGGGGGGUUAAUCGGGUCGCUCGCAGCUGGUCCUCUCGCCUCAAAGUUUGGCAGAAAGCGAUGCCUCUUAUUUAAUAACUUUGUGGCCAUAGUUGGAGCCAUUUUGAUGGUUUUGAGCCAAGCUGCCAUGUCUUUUGAGAUGAUAAUGGUGGCAAGGUUUCUUUACGGUGCUAAUGCAGGAGUGGGUCUGUCAGCACACGCUAUGUAUCUCAAUGAAUGCGCUCCAAAGAAGCUGAGGGUGAUGGUGGGUGUUACCGUGGCAACCUUUUUAGCUUUGGGCAAGUUCUGUGGUCAGCUGCUGGGUAUCAGAGAGCUUCUUGGCACAGAGAGGAACUGGCCCUGGCUGCUCGGUGUCAACGGCUUCACUGCGGUGCUCCAACUCCUCACUCUGCCCUUGCUGCCCGAGUCGCCGAGAUUCCUGCUGCUGGAAACAGGAGACUUCCGGGCCUCUGAGCAAGCGUUUAAGAAGUUGUGGGGCCAAGUGGACUACAUGAAGGAGGUGGAGGAGAUGCUGAAGGAGAAAGCAGAUCUGCUGAGCAUCCGCAGCCACUCGGUUUUAGAGCUCAUUCAGAACCAAACGCUUCGCUGGCAGCUCUUCACCAUCAUUGCUGUCUUCGCUGCUCUGCAGCUCUGUGGCAUCAAUGCUGUGUACUUUUAUUCGUUUGAUGUGCUUCGUGCUGCAGGAAUCCCAGAUCACAAGCUAGCUUAUGCUGCUUUGGGAACAGGCUUGUGUGAAGUUUCUACCUCUGUAGCCAGUUUCACGAUUAUAGAGGGAAUGGGCAGAAAGGCCGUGCUGUUCCGAGGCUACAUGGGAAUGUCUGCAGCUCUGGCUCUCCUCACCGUCACCGUCUACCUGCAAAGGAAUGUUUCGUGGAUGCCGUACUGCAGCAUGGUUCUGAUUUUCAUCUUUAUUUUCUUCUUUUCCAGUGGACCAGCGGCAACGACCGUUUCUCUCCCAGGAGAAAUCUUCACUCAGUCGUUUAAGUUAGCUGGAUACACACUCGGCUGCACCAUCAACUGGAUCGCCCUGUUUGUGUUGGGGAUGCUUUUCCCCAUCUUAGUGGAGAAGAUGGAUAACUUUUGCUUCCUGAUAUUUCUGGCCACCUGCUUCCUCUGUGGGAUGCAUGUGAGGUUCAACAUGCCGGAGACCAAACAUCGGACAGCGCUGGAGAUAGCUGCAGAGUUUGACAGGAUCCACCACAAACACGGGAAACCACAGAGACGAAAAUCCACCGAAGAGGAAAUGUGUGAUGUUAAAACACAUGAAACCAAAUUUUGAACUAAAGAUGCCCGUUUCUAAAUUAGCUACUUCAUAAACGUUUCUUUUUUUUUUUUUUUUUUACCUUGUCCUGUCUGGCUGUGAAGCAAGCAGAAUUGAUGUCUGAAUGCUGGUGACAAGCCUUACAGAUUUAUUCUCAGGUGGAGCAUCAAAGCGUUUGCUUUUAAUGUCACGCCUGAUACUUAAAACUUUAUUGUUAUUGUUGUUGAAUGCUUUGUAAUUCCGACCAGACACGGAGACA